ACUCUCGGCCAGAAAGCCAGAACAGAACAGAACAGAACAGAGCAGAGCAGAGCAGAGCAGAGAGCCAGGCCAAAAGGCAAAGGCAAUGGCAAAGGCAGUGGCAGUGGCAGCCGGGCCAACUAGUUUUUCUUCAGUUCCUACUUUUGGCUUUUAUUGUGCACGGGGUUUGUGUUGUUUAGUGUGCCAUUGGCGCUAACAACGUGCGGUUCACUCUUGCGGUCUUGUCGCCGACCGGUAAAGUCAGUAAUCGGAAUAAUACCAAGACCGAUUCCGGGUCUCUUAACAAAGGUUUAAACAAGAUCUGUGCAGAUUACACCAGUUCCUUGAACUCCCUCCAAAUAAAAAUCUCUUUGUCCUUUUUGGACUUGUGUAACCCAUUAGGUUUGGUUGCACUUUAAAGCCGAUUUCCGAUUACUAUAAAUAUUAAUAGGAUUUAUUGAUUGGUUGUCGUCGGCGGGAUCAACGCAAGGCGACCCAUGUCCUUUCUCUCGCCCACAUUGCGACUGGAGAAUCUGUCCACGCAGCCAACGAUGACGCAGGAUCAUGUGCCCGAGGACCAGCGCUAUAACAAACAGAACAUCGUGGCACAAUGGUGCAGUCCCAUCAAUGGAAAGAUGUACCGCAUCGAGCUGGAACACGGAACCACCAGUGGGAGGCGCAUGAUUUGGGUCAAUGGACGGGAGGUCCUGCGUCGCGACUGGAUGUUCAAGCUGGUGGGCGAGGACACCUUUCACAUCGACCAGACGCGCUGCAUCAUACGCGUUGAUCCGGCGCCGGGUUUCAAGUACGAGUACUCCCUCUACAUCGAUGGCAAGUCGCACGAGCAGUACACCGAGGAUAUAACCAGGCAGUAUCGACUGUGGCUCUACACUUGCGAUUCAGAGGCGGAGGCGAGGCAGGAGUACAGGAUAAUGCUCAAGCUGGACACGCUGAGUCUGUACGUAAACGACGAGCUGCGCACCGAGGAGGUAGGGGAUGGGAAUGGGUUCGAAUCGGGGUGCCACUUCCGCCACACCAGCCUUACACGUUUUAUUACCCCCCCAUUUCGCAGUCGGUUUUCGUUCACGGCGGCACAGACACCAAAUUCCUGCUGCAGGACACGGAAUUCGUGCUUCAGGCACGCUCAAGUGGCAAUAAACAUGAUGGCAUCGUUCACACUCUGCUGGCCAAUGGGGUGCCAGUUCCGGAGGCAAAGAUUCAGGAGAUUAUGCAAGAGCCGGUCUCCAUUUUGCAGGGCAACUGAGGCACCGGCAUCCCCUUUAGAAUAACAUUUUGCAUUUGUUGAAUUUUUCCCCCAAUUGUUAAUAAAAAGUUUUACGGAAACUGUUUUCAUAGCAAUUAAAAGCCAGCCAACUUUUCUCUUAUACAAUACUUUAUUCGUUUUUGUUUAUAUGCAUAAUUGUAACGCAACCAUCGUUUACGUUUUCAAUUUCAUUUUGACAUUUUGCUAGCAUCUG